CAUAGACGUGCUGCUCCUAGCGUCUGCACCUUGCAAGCACAGCAGUCACCUUCCAACCUCUGCGACUCUCCCCCGCUCUUCUCGCUUCAGUCGCAGUUAUUUUUGCAGGACGGAGGAGGAGAACCGCUGUCUGCCCGCUUCUCCCGAUUACAGCAUCUGAGGGACUUUUCCACUCUCAAAGAUCGGAGCUUUUUUUUUUCUUUUCCCCCCUCCUCUUUCGCAACCCGCAAAAGAAAAAAAUAGAAGAGAGAGUCUAUCUGUGCUCCACAAAAGACACGCGGCUGGUCGCUUUACCGAUCCGGAGAAGGCUGCCGCCGUGCGUCCUGGUGAUGAGGCUGGUGGCGCACAACCGACACAGCAUUAAAGGAAUCCCUCUGUGCCUGAAGAAACCGCCCCAGUAAGGGACAAGGAACACGGGGGGGUGGAGAGCUGCGGGAACUGGUGUCGGCGGGGACGCGAUCAUUUCGACAAGAAUGCAUCUCUUCAGUGCCAUGUUCCUACUUGUGAUGUUAGCUGCCAUGCCCACUGAGGCUCUCUACCCAAGCCCAGAGGAAGGCUGGCAGAUCUACAGCUCGGCACAGGACGCAGAUGGGAAGUGUAUCUGCACCGUGGUCGCACCAGCCCAGAACAUGUGUAACCGCGACCCACGCAGCAGGCAGCUUCGCCAGCUCAUGGAGAAGGUUCAGAACAUCAGCCAGUCAAUGGAGGUGCUGGACCUGCGAACAUACAGAGAUCUACAGUAUGUGAGGAACACUGAGAGUCUAAUGAAGGUGGUGGACGGAAAGCUGAAGGUGGCUUCUGACAAUCCCCGCAGCCUCAAUCCAAAGGGCUUUCAGGAGUUGAAAGACAAGGUGACCCAGCUGCUCCCCCUGCUGCCAGUGCUGGAACAGUACAAGGCUGAUGCCAAGAUGAUCAUGCGUCUUCGGGAGGAGGUGAGGAAUCUGUCCUUGGUGCUUAUGGCCAUCCAAGAGGAGAUGGGGGCCUACGAUUAUGAGGAGCUACGCCAGAGAGUCCUGCUACUGGAGACCAGGCUCCACUCCUGCAUGCAGAAACUAGGCUGUGGGAAGCUCACUGGAGUCAGUAAUCCCAUCACAGUACGUGCUUCAGGCUCAAGAUUCGGCUCCUGGAUGACAGAUACCAUGAUACCAAGCUCAGACAACAGAGUGUGGUCUAUGGAUGGCUACUUCAAGGGGAGGCGUGUCCUGGAGUACCGUACGAUGAACGACUUCAUGAAAGGCCAGAACUUUGUGCAGCACUUGUUGCCACACCCCUGGGCCGGCACAGGCCACGUGGUCUACAAUGGCUCGCUGUACUACAACAAGUACCAGAGCAACAUCAUCAUCAAGUACCACUUUCGUUCUCGAAGUGUGCUGGUGCAGCGCAGCCUGAGUGGAGCCGGCUACAACAACACCUUUCCCUACUCCUGGGGUGGCUCCUCUGACAUCGACCUGAUGGCGGAUGAGAAUGGCCUUUGGGCUGUUUACACCACCAUCCCCAAUGCUGGGAACAUUGUCAUCAGUCGCCUGGAGCCCCAGAGUCUGGAGGUGCUGCAGACUUGGGAUACAGGCUUCCCCAAGCGAAGCGCCGGAGAGUCUUUUAUGAUCUGCGGCACGCUGUACGUUACCAACUCCCACCUGGCUGGUGCCAAGAUCUACUUUGCCUACUACACCAACACAUCGAGCUAUGAGUACACAGACAUCCCCUUCCACAAUCAAUACUCCCACAUCUCCAUGAUGGACUAUAACCCCAGAGAGAGGGUCCUGUAUACUUGGAACAACGGACACCAGGUGCUCUACAAUGUCACACUCUUCCAGGUUAUUAAGACUUCUGGGGACUGAGGGCUCAGACUGAACUACUCAAAUAAUGCUGUGAUCAUUGUUCGGGGAGGGACAAAGGAACUGGGUGGAGGUAGGCACAGGUUGGGGGCUUCAAUGUAUGGGUAUAGACUUUUUUAAAGAAUUUCAAUCUUCAUAGAGUGCUAUUAUUCACAUUCUCAAAAAACACGCCGACAUUAGCGUCGGUAAAGACUGAGCGCUUCUUUUUUUUUUUUUCCUUCUGUGAUGAGUAAGCAUGGUUCUUUUUAUUUGUGAUGAGAAAUAAAUAUCCUCUUUACCAUUUA